UAAGUCUUCAAACUUUGUUUGGGAGACUUAAUUAGCACAGUUAUAUUCAGGUAGUCAGAGUUGAAAUCAUCGAUGUUGCUUGUGGAUCACUUUUUGAAGGGUCCAUUUCAAAUAUGGUAUCCUAUUUGUAUCUUUUCCAUAUGCUGGAUUGUAUAUACCAUAGCUGAUAUUUCUCUACUCAGAAGUGACAAUGUUCAACAAAUAAUUCCAAGGAAGGAAAAUAAAAGCAAUUAUUUAUUACUGUGGUAUGCCCCACCAUUUUGGGCUCCAAAUAUGAAACCUCAAAGAGGAUUGAAAAAUUGCGUAUUCAAAAAUUGUGACAUAUCAUUGGACAGGAGUUUGAUCAAUAAAAGCGAUGUUUUGUUAUUUCAUCACGCUGAUCUCAAUUUAAGUCCACCAAGUAGAACUGAGAAUCAAAUGUGGAUAUUCUUUUCAAUGGAGUCGCCACAUCAUAUAAAUGAACGAUACAAACAAAAACAGUGGAAUAAUGCAUUUAACUGGACAUGGAGCUAUCGACAAGAUUCGGACAUAUUUACACCUUAUGCAAAAUUGUCUAAAAGAUUAACGCUUAAAGACAAGAAUUACACUGUGAUAUUUGAACAGAAAUCAAAAGAUGUUGCUUGGGUGGUUAGUAAUUGUAAUACACAUUCACAAAGGAUGAAAUAUGUGAUAACAAUGAAGAAGUAUAUCAAUGUAGACAUAUAUGGAAGAUGUGGAAAACCGUGCAGCUCAUCGGGUGACAACUGUAUUAAAAAGUUAAGUAGUGACUAUAAAUUCUAUCUAUCAUUCGAAAACUCAUUAUGUGAUGAUUAUGUAACAGAAAAGGCAUUCCGGUUGUACAAGGACGAUUUUAAUAUAGUUCCUGUAAUAAGAGGUUGUCCUAAUAUAAAGGACAUCUUACCAAAGGACACGUUUAUAACGACUUUUGAUUUUAGUUCUCCGAAAACAUUGGCUCUUCAUAUUAAGGACAUAGCACUCAAUGAAACUAAGUAUUCAAAGUAUAUAAAAGCAAAAGACGAGUAUGUAACUACUUCCUACAAAAAUUACAUACAGGAUGGAACAUGUUUAUUGUGUGAAAAUAUAAAUAACAACAGAAAUGGUAGAGUCGAUUUAUCACAAUGGAUAUUGAAAAAGCAAUGCAUUAGUCCUAUAGAUCAUAUUGAAUAAAAAACACAACAAAUAAAUACAUGUAUUGAUAUAAAUAAACGUGUUUUAUAAACGAACUAUAUACUAAAGAUAUUAAUUUUGGAAUUACAUACGCUGCAAUCACAACUAUAUGUAAAACUUCAAUACUGAACCUGUUCGGGGCAUACAAUUAACUUAUUGCCUUGUUAGAACGGAAAAAUAGUACAAAGGGAUACUACUCUUGUAUACAAAUAACAUAUCAAAAGAGAGAAUUAACACUACUUUCAAGUACCAAUUUUUUAUGAAGAUUUUAAAUUAUCAAUAUACCAAACAGUCGUUAAUCUAUACA